AUGGUUGUUUACGCCGAUGCUGCCCCGUCGUUGGCGGGGAGCACGAUCAUGCUUACGAUCCUGGCCUUCAUCACAUACGGAUUGCGGGUCUACUGCAGAUUGACUCGCAGGUCAUGGGGGCCAGAGGAUUGGAUUAUGACGGUAGCAUUGAUUCCAUUCUCUGUACUUGUCGCAGGCUGUAUCGGAGGAGCUUUCAAUGGAAUCGGCGCGAAAAACUCAACACUUGCAGAGCCAGGCAACUCCAAAUACAGCGCAGAGGGACAAAAGUUCUUCCUCAUCUUCGAAGUCGGCUACUGCGCCGCCAUCAUUCCGAUCAAGCUCAGCAUCAGUUGGAUGCUCAUUCGAGUGGCACAAGGUCGCAAGGCGUAUCUCUAUGUGCAAUAUGGUGUUAUUGCUUUGUUCGUGAGCAUGAACUUUAUUGCUUUGAUCUUCAUUCUCACCAACUGUACCCCCGUGGAAGCUGCUUGGAGCGCUGAAGCGAUUGCAAAUGGAGGAUCUUGCAAAGCGGCCUACGUGCUUGCGGACGUGUACUAUGCCUGUACCGCCGUCAACAUCGUCACCGACUGGAUCACAGCUUUCCUCCCGAUUCCUUUGCUAUGGAAUGUCCAGAUCAACCGCAACACCAAAAUCUCCAUCAUCGCUCUCAUGGGUCUCGGUAUCUUCGCAUCACUUUCAGCCUGCGUGCGACUAAAAUACACCGUCGCCCUAACCAGCCAAACCAACUUCCUCUACGCAGUCGCAGACGUCGUCAUUUGGGGAUUCGCCGAGAACAGCAUCGGCAUGAUCGUCGGAAAUGUGGCGACUCUCCGCCCACUGCUGCGCGUUCUCCGCGACCGCAACACCUCCGACUACAACACCUACAACAAGUCCCCGGGUGGCUUCAACAGCUCUCAUCGCACGGGUGGAAUGAUGGGCUCGCGCAACUACGAGCUCAAUGAGAAUGUCAAGGGUCUCAACCAUAUGACGACUACUUCGGCGAUCGACCACAACCCUCGCGGCAGUCUGAGUGAUGGGGAUAGUCAGAAGGAGAUUCUUGAAAACGGUCAACGACCCGGUCAAGCUGAUAUUCUUGUUAGUCGGCAGGUUGUUGUGGCGUAUGACUAA